AUGUCUGAGAAUUUUAAUUUUUCAAAUUGGAAAUUUUAUGGUUUUGACACCGAUCUCGAUUUAAUGAUGUUCUUCUUUAUUAUUCAAAUAGUAGAUGCGUUCAAAGCAUCUAAGCGUUAUAGUAUACUUACUAAUAAGUAUAAUGAAUACAUUGAUGCAUGGGAUUCAAUAUACAAUUUAAACUCAGAUGAUAUAAUCUCAGCAGCAAAGUUAUACAUGAAAAUCAAAGAUUACUUGAUAGAAACUGGAUAUUUUACACCACAAGAGAUGAUUCAUUCGAUAAGAAAUUUUGGCCUUCAAAGAUUAAAAUAUCGUCAUGCAUACCUAGAGGUAAUGAAAGCAAUAAAUAGAGAAUAUCAUUGUGAUAAUGAUUUUGAUAUCAGAUCUCUUUCAGAAUCAGAUGCUGCAAAUACAAUUCAUGAAAUUAUAUUAAAUGAUGAUCAGAAAAAAUUAUAUAAUUUUUUAAACCUGGGAAAUCACAAUCUUAGUGAAAUACUUCAAUUUUGUUGCGAACAAGGAGCAGUUAAUUGUUUUUGGGCACUAAUAGAUUCCUACAAAGUGCCUAUCACAAAAGAAUGCCUUGAUGCUUCAUUUCUAGGAAACAAUCAAGAAAUCAUAGAAGAAUGUUUGAGAGCACAAGAACCUGAUUCAUCUACAUUGGGAAAUGCAAUUGCAUCUCAUAAUAUGGAUAAUAUUAAGAAUUUGCUAACAAAUUACAACUUAAGAUAUCCUAUAGAUAAAUGCGCUUGUUACAAAAAUCUUCGUGCAUUUCUUAUACAUCUAGUAUCAACUGAUGAUAUGAACAUAUGUUUUGUAUAUUCUCCUUCUUUUCAUAUUCAAUCAUUUUGCGAAUAUUUUCUUUCGAAAGGUGCAGAUAUUAAUUAUGCACAUGAACAUUGCUACACAGAACUUUCCGUUGCAGCUAAGGAAAAACAAAAUGAUAUUGCAAAAUAUCUGAUUAUGAAAGAAAUUGUUAUUAAUUAUCAGACAAUUUUGUAUCCAUCUGCAUUUGAAAUUGCAGUAGUUUCAAACAAUCCUUAA